AGACAGCUGGUUUGAUGCAGCAGGUCUCCUUCUACAGCUCGAAUUCAUCUAUCUCUCCCCUCUCUUAGUCCGCUCGAGACAAUGGAAGGCCGGGGGCUCACCCUCCGCAGCAAAAACCGCCGCGCCCGUCCUCAGAUCAGUGCUCCGAAACCCAUCUCCGCUCCACUACACCAGAACCACCAGGCUACACCGAGCUCUGGCAAUGCUUCCUUGGGCUCCGGGUCUCGCGAUCUUGCUGGCCCAAAGGAUGCGACUUCGGACUUGGUGAAAAGGCGAUACUCUACUCGGUUCAAUCAAGCUCCUGAGUUCGACGGCGCCCCUCCGGUUCCUACUGUACCACAAGUCCCAUCCGCCUAUGCAGGGCUCAGUCCCCCGCAGGCGAGUCGAAAGCCGUCGACGGAAUCAUCGGGGCCCCCGGAGGUCGAUCUGAAUGCCCUGCGCGAUCCAAGCUUGCCCGUUGAUCGAUAUGUGGCCAACCUACUCGCCAAUGCUUCGGAGGACGAUAUUCGGCAAUUCCAGCAAAGCCUGCGGAAGGUGAAGAACCGAACGUCAACCGACCUCCAGCAAAAUGUGUACCAAAACCGAACGCAGUUCAUCAAAAUCAGUCAGGAGGCGGACAAGCUGAAAGGGGAGAUGCGGACCCUUCGCGCUCUAAUGGCCGAUCUGACAACUGCGCUGGGGCAAACUGCGAUCGGAGAUUCUCCAAACCCCAUGUCACCAACAGCAGAUGAACGAAUGUCCAAGCGCAGUAAUCGGAGCUCAGUCGCCAACCUUGAGAGUAUGUGGAAUGUCCAGCUUCAGACUCUAUGGAAAACCGUCGAGGGAUCGCAGAAGUUCCUACCUAUGGUUCCCGGACGACAUAUUGUGUUGGAGACGGGAAAUUGGGUUGAGCUAGACUCUGCGACAUGGAAGCCAAGACGCCCGGUGCACCUUGUGCUUCUCAAUGACCAUUUGCUGGUCGCGGCAAAGAAGCGGAAGCGAGUCGACCAGAGCAAUCCGAAUCAUCGUGGACCUGUACCCACGAAACUCAUUGCCGAAGAAUGUUGGCCAUUGCAAGAUGUUGACAUGAUAGACCUGGGUGCCAACCUAGGCACUGGGCAUGCUCGUGAAGAGGCCGAAGACCGUGGCAUCUCAAACGCCAUCAAUGUCCGGGUGGGUUCCAAGCCCUUCACAUACCGGCAUGACAAGCGCAACAGCUCAGCCAAAAGCGAUCUGUUAGCCACGUUUAGGAAGACCGUGGAGGAUCUUCGGCGAACACUCCGGUCCGAGACGGAGGUCGCCGGCAAGAACGGCGAAUCGCUCGGAUACAUGGACCCCAGAGCCUCCGUGUACUCCCCAAAACAAGAUUUCCACGAGAAUACCGAUAGCCUCCGUGACAGACCAGAGGUGCGCAUUGACGUAGAUGGAAAACAACAGAAUCUACGCUGGGUAGACAGCCAGGUCGAUGAGCUUGAUAUCGACAUUGCUCUCCAACGUUUCGAAGAAGCUGUGUCCAACAUUGAGCGCCUGCGGAAGCUGGCACGAGGUCUGAAAGGGAACUCCGUCGCACAAGAUGUCAUCAACGUCAAGGUUGAUGAACGAGCGGCUAGACUAGCCAGCGUGCUCUCACGGGCAUUGGUGGACACACAUGCGUUCCCCGCGACCACAAAGACCAACGUUACCUGGCUUACCAGGCUAGGGUUCGAGGACCAAGCUCGAGAAGCCUACCUCAAAGCCCGAUCUGAUAUUACUUCUAAGCGAAUCAGAGCAUGCAUAUUCGAAGGCGACCUCCCUCUCUACAUCUUCCAGAUCUCCUACGUUUACUUCACUCUAAUCAAAAACACCGUCGGCACUUACCAACAAUGCUUUCCCUCCGUGAUGACAAGCGCAUGCAUAAAAUGGGCGAAGCACCACCUAGACAACUUCAACUCCCUCCUGACGCGCCAACUAAGUAGCGUGCAACGUGGGACAGUCGUCUGGGAGAAAUGUAUCGAGAUCGUGCACGAGCAGGCGAGCCUCUUAUCCGAGGUUGGUGUUGACUUCACGGAUCUUGUCGCUAAGGGGUUGGAAAUGACGGAGGAAGAGAAGGCUAAGAGGCCGGAAAUGACACGGUCUGAAUCGUUGAUUAUGGGAUUGGCGGACGCGGCGAGGAAUAAUGAGCAUUAAAUGUAGACUCUGGCUGGACUUGUGGCUGGUUCCCGGUCCCGGUGCUGCAGAUUCUUAGGCUUUUUUUUAUAUAUAGUAUAUUGCUUCUGUGCUGGGACAUUUUUGAUGACCCAUUAUACCCCGUUCUAAAGUACAUCUUCGGCUGAGCACUUCUCGCCGAAAAAGAAUGGCUCGCCCCUAUCUAUAUCCUGUCUAAUGCGUUCCAAGUCAAAAUGAAAAAGUCUAUGGUACAGUCCAACCGCUCAAAAAAACAAUAUGCAGAUCAUAUUCGAGGCAAACCUCAAAUUGACCACCAAUCAUAAACCUCCUCAUCAAACUCCCCAGUCUCCUCGACUGUACUUGAACCGGUUCGCCGUCUAAAUGACCGUCUUAUGCCGAGAUUUUUGGUAAAUUCGUCCCCAGACAACCAAGCCUUCUUCCAAACAUUCGGAUCUCGUAAAAUACUGACGCGCAUGAGCGUCCCACACCGGAAAUCCAGAGCUGUGCCGUCCUCCUUACUCCCGGAUGGCAAGCGCAUAUAAUGGCGCACGCUGUCUGGGAUCUCUUCACGGACGUGGCUGAUCAUAAUCAGGGCCUGGUCAUCCGUGAGGCCGGUGAAGCGAACCUCAGGUGGAGGGUUCAUUGAGUUGUAAGCGUCCUUGUCAGGUUGAAAUCCCUCGAGCCAAGGGACCCUCCCGUGCUUUCGGAUAGCGGUCGAGGCCUUGUGGCCCGCAUGUUCGCCGACUUCGAGGAAGUGAUGGCAUUUGUCGCGGACGGUGCCGGACAUGCCGGAGAAGGGUUCAUCGAGGAUGACUAUGUCGGGCCUGUGUACGAGGGCGCGUAAGAAGAGAACGAGGCGUUGUUGGGCGGUAGAGAGCUGGCCGAAGGUGAUAUUAUCAGCGUAGUUGACAUCGUAGUCGAAAGGUGUAAAGGUAGUGCGUGACCAGACGCGGUCGCGUAGUUCGGGGAAGUUUUUGCGGUCAGCAGAAAUUUUUGGGGCGUCUUGCGCAGCACCAGGGCAGAAAUCCGGAUCAAGUUCUGCUUUGAAAUAGCGGAGGACGGAAGAAACGUCCAGGUCAAGCUCGUGGUUGAGCUUUGGCUUUGAAAGAAAUGUUUCUGCAAAGGCGGAUUCAAGCGCCUGGCGAAUCGUGAGUUGGCGUGGGAAGAAGGCAUGGAUUUCGGGCGAGGAGUGGCCGAUGCGCGAUUGGAGCUCGAAAAUGGAGAUCCCUGGUUUACCAGGCUCGGGAAGGCGAGAGCGACCAAAUAGCUUGAGGGGAAGUGAAUAGGCUUGAGGAUGGUCGGAGGUGAUGAGAGAGAGGAGAGUAGUCUUGCCCGAGCCGUUGGCCCCAAGCACCACCCAGCGCUGGCCCCUACGGACAACCCAGUGUAGGCCUGGCUUCUUCUGACCCCUGACCUCUUGCGUCCAGUCACCAAGGGCUAUCGUGCCGCCGGCACCAUCACCACCGUAUCGAACCUGGACUCCGUCCAUUUCAAUGAGAGCCUCACCUCCCCGGGGGGCAAGGAAGUCCGUGAGCACAGUAGAGUACCUAUGCGAUUGAAGAUCCGUGAUGAGUUGUUCAUCGAGAUAACCAGCUUCCAUGUCGGCUGUGGCUUGUUUGAUAAUUUUUUUAUACUCCGCAUCGUUCCUCUUUCGGUAUCCCGGGUUGGUGAUCGUUUGAGACCAUAUGUCGAAUACAUUCUGGACAUGGGAUCGUGGCCCCUGCGUGAGAACUCGAUUUGACUUUCCUAGGACAAGGAGGUGCGUGAUCCAAUCUGGAAUCGUAUCUUGAGGUCGUAGGGACAGCACCAGUCGAGGGUCCGACUUGUCUGCUAAACGGUGUAGGAAGCCGGAGAUACUUUCAACGGUAGCCGGGUCAAGACCCACUAAAGGAAGCGGGAUGUUAGUGGUGUUUCUGAAAAGUCCAUGUUUUUUUGGGCCAUACUAAAAGGGUCAUCAAGGAGGAGAAGCUCUGGUUUGCUCAGCAGCGCCUUUGCGAUCCGCGUCCGUCUCGUUUGUCCAUUGCUCAAGUUAGCCACAGGCAUAUCGAGAAGUGCGUCCAAACGCAAAUCUUUGAUAACCGUGGAGAGUAAUUCCUCAUUACGGACUGUGCCCUCCUUAUCUUCCUCUAGCGGAUUCAGGGAUGUCUGGCCCCUAAGAUACUGGUUGACCGUCCAGUCGGUCUCCUCCCGUAAACUCUCAUAACGAGCACUUAAGUAUGCGCCUCGCGUACCUCCAAUCGCGCCCGAGCCCUCUCCACUAAACCCAAUGUAUUGAAUUGCACUUCCUGAAUACCGUAACCGAGGAUCCUUCUUUGCGAUUUCCUCUGUAAGUAGGUAGGGAUAGCUGCGGGCGUUGGGCGGUACGCAAAUGUACUGGCCACGAAGGACGUCGAGGAAUUGCGUUCGGCCGUGGGCUCCGAGCACGGCCCAAUGCUGAGGGCCAUCUUCGCCGCGCUUCGAUGGGAUUUCGAGACUGAGAUUAGGGAAUAGAGGAGGGUUCUGGCCGCUUGCUUGAUUUUCGGCGGUUGGGUAAUUUUGGUAAAAUGUGGCGUCUUGAAGGCGAAUCAAUGGUGGUGAGAGUGAUGAUACUGCACGAGAGAGAAAUCUGACGCUGCAGGGACGGACUGCCCUGGCCCGCAGAGCUGGAAGUCUCAGCAUGGUCGACAUGAGAGCCGCAGUCGUGCCUUCUCGGUGAAUUUGACUGAAGCCAAAUAAUGUUCCGGUGUCGGCUGGACUCCCGAAGCUUGUCAACGGUCACGUGUGGCGAUAUUGGGUUCGUUCUUUAUCUACAACAAUAAUGUCUCUGAAAUAGUUUAAAUAACAUGAGAUCACAGGAGAGA